AUGUCAGUGGUGGCGGUUGUUUUCGUGUUUGCUUUCAUUCCCAGCUCAGCACAGCAGGCAGGGACGCUGAAGCAAGAAGGGAAUCCCACCAUAUCGGUAAAGGAAUGUACCAAGGCAGGUGGCUGCAGCACCCGGAACAAAAAGUUAGUAUUGGAUGCCAACUGGCGGUGGAUUCACACCACGCAGGGCUACAGCAACUGCUACACGGGCAAUCAGUGGGACACUUCCAUUUGCACGGAUGGUGACACGUGUGCUCGCAACUGUGCUUUGGAAGGUGUGGAUGCUCAGCAGUAUCAGAAUACAUAUGGCAUCACAAGCAUCCCGGGGGGUGUCCGCCUUGGCUUUGUCACCGGUGCGAAUGUUGGUUCGCGGCUAUUCCUCCUUGAAGAUGACGAUACCUACAUGAUGUUCAAGUUGAAGAACCGGGAGUUUGCCCUGGACGUGGAUUCCUCCCAGGUGCAUUGUGGCAUGAACGGUGCCAUGUACUUCUCAGAGAUGGCAGCCAAUGGCGGCAAGGGGGUUGGAAGCAACGCGGCUGGCGCCAAGUAUGGCACCGGCUACUGUGAUGCACAGUGCCCGCAUGACAUCAAGUUCAUCGGGGGGAAGGCCAAUUCCAAGGACUGGAAGCCCAACCCUAAAGACUUCUCGAACAACAUGGGCAUUGGGCACUAUGGUGCUUGCUGUGCCGAGAUGGAUAUAUGGGAGGCCAACAAGAUGGCCACCGCUUACACCCCGCACCCCUGCCACAUUGACACCCCAGGGCAGUACAUGUGUGAAGGCACGGAGUGUGGCGACAAUGACAGUGGCGAGCGCUAUGAUGGAGUUUGCGACAAGGAUGGCUGCGACAUCAACCCUUUCCGAAUGGGCAACAAGACAUUCUAUGGCGCCUCGUCAAGUUACGUUGUCGACUCCUCAAAGCCGAUGACGGUGGUGACCCAAUUCAUCACCACGGAUGGCACCGACCUGGGAGACCUGUCGGAAAUCCGACGAUUCUACAUCCAGGAUGGGGAAGUCUUCGAGAGCCCUCCAAUCCCGAUUUUGCCAGGGAACCCAGAUUCCAUCACAGACCAGAUGUGCGAGGAUAAGAAGGCCCUCUUUGGGGACAUCAAUGACUUCAAGAAAAAGGGUGGCAACAAAGGCAUGGGCGAUUCACUUGACCGUGGCCAUGUGGCCGCGUUCUCGCUGUGGGAUGAUGUGGAUGUCAGUAUGAUGUGGCUGGACUCUUGCUUUCCCAGGGACAAGCCGUGCGCCGAUCCGGGAGUGCAGCGCGGCCUCUGCGAUGGGGAGCCGGAGAGCUUGCCCCGAAACGUGCGCAACGCUCAUCCGGAUGGCUCUGUCACUUUUGCCAACGUGGCGUUCGGGGAGAUUGGCACGACACAGUCUAUGUAUCCCGCACAUGCUACAACAACUACUACCUCUACGGCAGACCCCUGGAUUCCGGUGGAUGGUGGAGAGAGCCGUGCAUGCCGUGGAAGCGCUCCCGGUGAUAACUCAGGCAGCUACUACACUGUCAUCAAUGGCCUUGCCAGCAUUGACGCUUGUAAGGCAGAAUGUCUUGUGACCCCGGGCUGCCAAGGGAUCGAGUUCUCCAUUGCCGGGAGGUGCGAGGUUUGGAUCCGGCCUGAGGGAAUCCAGGCUUCCAUUCCUCUGCAGCGCUUUACAUGUCUUCGCUUUGAGGGCAAAGUGUCUACCACGCCAACGACGACACUGGGUGUGGGCUGGGCCCCAGUGAAUGGAGGCAGCGACAAUGCAUGCAGAGGGGCCAGCAUUGCUGAUAAUUCUCCCAGUCACUACAUUGUCAAAAGAGCUGCUACCUUAGGGGAGUGCAGAGACAUUUGCGAGCUCACAGCAGAGUGCAAAGGUGUCGAGUUCUCAGGACAAAGGUGCGAGGUGUGGGUCCGUCCAGAGGGCAUCCAGGCCUCGAAGCCCCUCGCAGGCUUCACGUGCCUGAGCUUCGACCGCCCCACAACGACCACCACGACCACCACUACAACUACAACGACUACAACGACUACGGCCUGUGCGGGUGCUUGGAAGCAAUGCGGAGGAAACAACCACAACGGCCCGACUUGCUGCACAUCCGGCUACACUUGUACCUUUGGAAACGAAUGGUAUUCGCAGUGCAAGCCGAACGCUGACAUGCAAUUGUCUCAGACCGCAAGCGGCAAGAAGAGUUCCAAGCAACGCUUUUUAGGUCCCAGCUUUGCACAAGCCAGAGCUCGCACAGAUCGCAAAGCAGCAGCCCCAGCAGCCCAUGUUGAGCUCUGA